AUGAGCAGCGAACCUUCACAGUUUAAGCUAGUGAAGCCCGGAGAAGUGGGGAACAGUUUCGGAGAGGUUGACAUGUCCGCUCCAAUCUACCAAGACGACCUGGACCGCGCGGGAGGGUUUGGAACCCGGGAUGCCAUUGGGACACCGUUUCCUGAGGCUGUAGAUGCCACUGAUUUUGAAGAAGCUAUUGGAGAGCCCGAGGGUGCUGAGACUCAACCUGCCGGUCCACACACAGGCAUUGGCUUCGACGAUGACCAAGUCGAGGGUGCUAUUGGUCAGGAGCCGAGUGACCUGUCAAACCAAACGUUGAACGACUACUUCGUGCCGGCAUCGGGACAGACUCAGGGUGACGCAGAAUCGGAGUAA